AUGGCAUUUGGGUAAAAGGUAUUUUUCCAUAACAUUCUCUCAUGACUCUGAGUUCCAGUGAUGAUGCAAUACCUCUUCAGCUAGUACGCAAGUCUCGAGAAUUCUAUGGUUUUAUAAAAAUCCCCCAGGGUCAAAUAUUAAAAAAUUAAAAAAAAAAAAUACCCAGUUGUUGGUAACGGACCGCCCCACCGGAGCGUCCAUCGACCCAGGACUCGUCUUACAAACGGUCACGUGACUCAUGAUGACACUAGGGUCUCCAUAUAAAUGAGUUCAGCCGCGUCUUAUUGCCGUCAAACUACAGAAGAGCUACAAGAAGUCACGACUCCGACCUAUUUGAGACAUAAAUCCCCAGUUUGUGAACUUUUAAGACCCUUCACGUAGCUCGCAUUAAACAUGGAGCACCCGGAGAACUCCACGGCGUCCACGGGACGCCUCGUCCUCCACACUCAGAGCUCCGCGGACUCCCACGGGGACAGGAGCGACGGGAACGCGUACCUCUACAUAUUAAUAGUCAUGUCUUUCUACGGAAUCUUCCUUUGCGGCAUCCUGUUCGGCUACUUCCGCACCAAGCGAAGGGAGAAGAGGAGGAUCAACAUCUUCACGCGCCUGGUGCACGAGGAGGAGCAGCGGAUGUGGGGCGCGCUGCCCAAGAAGCACAGCCUCACCUUUCCCGCCGCCGUCUCGGGGCUUUGCUCGGUGCAGGUGUCCCUGCCCUUCUGCGGUAACCACGGCAACUACUUCGGACAUCUCCAGCACGAGGGCGCGCUCCCGUCGCCGCUGGCGUGCGUGCUGUGCACGGAGCAGAGCAGCGUCAGCUCGCUGUGCUCCUCGCCGGACACGCGCCUGGCCAUAGAGGAGGAGUCGGACAGCGGCACGGCGGAGGGACCGGAGGAGGCGGCGAAGGGGAGGGCGGAGAACGGCGGAGGCGACUCGGGCUGAGCGCGCGCGCGAGCCGCGUAACCCGGAGCGGAGAGACCAGGAUGUUCGCGGGCUUCGCAUCACAGAGGCCCAAACUGUCCAAACACCAACGGUUCACACGUUCAUCAGCUUAAAAACUCACUAAACCAAAUCCAUAAAAGGGCUGGAAAAUGUGUGUGACAGGUUGUGGAGAAGUGGAGUCAGUGUGGAGGGAGGUCCGAAAUACUUUAGUCUGAUGUAUUAUAAACUGGUUUCAAACGUUUUUUUAUGACCUCCUCUCUACACAACGCGCACCACCGGCUGCAACAGGCGCGCGAGGAAGAGUACCGGGCGCGAGACUGACCACGACAUAGAUGCUUUAUGUGUUGGGAUCACUUAUUAUGAACGGACGCAGGUAAAGAAAGACCCGUUAAACACUCCAGCGACAAACGCUUCAAAGCUGCGUGUGAUGUUGUAAUAAACUCAAUAAAUACGUAGAUUAGGCGCAUUCUUAUUUUGCUGCACAGCUAUGACGCGGCCUCAUUGUGGUGGAGACCCCUCCCCUGCAGGAGCUCCCUCCUGACGCCAGACAGAUCCAGCCGUGGUUUGGGCUGAUGACUCACCCUGCAGGGUUCUGAAGGGCGAGAUCGGCCUAUUUGGACCGAACCUGACGUGUUCUCGCAUUGAAAAUGUACCUGGGAUGCACUUGAAAGGCUGCUAAGCGGACUUUAAGGAUCAAGCAUUGAUGAUGCACGUUCACUUGGUGAAAGCUAUGCACUAUACUGUGUGUGUGUGUGUGUGUGUGUGUGUGUGUGUGUGUGUGUGUGUGUGUGUGUGUGUGUGUGUGUGUGUGUGUGUGUGUGUGUGUAUUUGUCACUGUGUGAGGCAUAAUUUAAGAUGGAGUCGUUGUCGGAAAAUAAAUGCAUACGAACUGAA